AUGAGUGUGAUAGGUAAUCACUGGACAAGUAUCACAACUAAUACUUGGACUUUGAUCCAAAACAUCAACUACAUGGUAGUCACAGCCCAUUUCAUGGACAGUGAGUGGAAUUUGCAUAAAAGGAUUAUCAAUUUCAUAAAGAUCACCAGUCACAAGGGUAUUGACAUAGGCAAGACUUUAUGUGCAUGCUUGAACGCUUGGGGGAUUGAAAAAUUAUUUAGCAUUACGGUUGACAAUGCUUCGAAAAAUGAUGGGGCGGUUGUGUAUGUGGGAAAUAGGAUGAAGGAUUUUAAUAACUUUUUACUUGAUGGGAAGUAUUUGCAGUUGAGGUGUGCAUGUCAUAUCCUUAACUUGAUUGUUAAGGAUGGGUUGAAUGAGCUUCUUAGCUCAAUCGAGGGGAUAACGAAUUGUGUAAAAUAUAUUUACUCAUCCUCAUCAAGGUUAGAUUCUUUUAGGGACCAUGCCUUGAAGAUGAGGAUGGAUGGGAUAGCAAAUGUGCCAAUGGAUGUGGUGACAAGGUGGAAUUCAACUUAUAAAAUGUUUUAUUGUGCUUUCAAGUACAAGAUAGUGUUCAAUAGGAUGGCGGUGGAAAAUGUAGCUUUUCAAGCUUACUUUGAGGAGAUAGAUAAGGAUGGGAUGAAGAGAGUGGGUCUUCCGAGUAAUGAAGAUUGGGAGAAGUCAAUCUCAUUUGUUCACUUUCUUAAGAAAUUGUAUGACACAACCUUGAAAAUAAGUGCAACCAAAAUCGUUACAUCCAAUAUAUUUUUCCAUGAAUUGGUUAGUUUACAAGUUGAGAUUGAACUCAAAAUGAGUGAUCCUAGAGAUCCGGUCUUGCAAAGGGUGGCUUCAUCAAUGAAGAAGAAGUUUGACAAGUAUUUGGGGAGUUUUGAAAGUGUGAACAAGAUGAUUUCUGUACCAUUAGUGUUAGACCCAAGAUUCAAACUUCAAAUGCUUAAGAUAAGCUUCCAAAAUCUCAAGGCCGAAGAAAACAAGAUAGAUGAGGUUGUACGUGAAGUGAGAACAUGCUUGUUCAAUUUGUAUAAUGAGUAUAGAGGGGCGGAUGGCUUAGUGAGCCAACAAAUGAAUAAAGGCGAAGAUGAGAAUGUUGGAAAUGAUCUUGAAGGCUAUGAUGAUGUUCAAACCAAAAUGUUUCAUCAACUUGUGCAACAAAGGAAGGAGGAACAACUUGUGGAAAUAUCCAAUGAAGUGGAUAAAUACUUGACCGACCCUUUUGAAAGCCCUUUUACUAAGGGUUUCAAACUCUUGAAUUGGUGGAAAGGCAAUGAGAGUAGAUAUCCAAUUCUUUCAAAGAUUGCCAAAGAUAUCUUUGCAAUCCCAAGCUCAACCAUUGCUAGUGAGAAUGCCUUUAGCCUAGGCAAGAGGAUUGUUGAUCCUUUUAGAAGUUCAUUGACACCUAAAAUGGUAGAGGCAUUAGUGUGUACUAGUGAUUGGCUUAGGGUGGAUGAAUUUGCUUCUACAAGGAACCAACGGAUAAAGAGCUUGCAUUCUAUAAAGAACUUGAAGCACUUGAAGCAACUGUGGCCGGUACUCAAACUUCUACAACACUACCUCCUCGAUUUGAUUCCACAUCGUCAUUACCUACUAUUUGAGACUCAUCAAGUUUUGAGUUGUGAGAGACACACCAUGUAUAUUUUCAGGCGAUGGAGAAAGGAUGUAAAAAGAUGUCAUACAAAAGUGAAAGUGAGUUAUGCUGAUUGGAGUUCCAAACCUGAAGCACAUCGCUUUGAGAAGAUGUGUAACUUGUUUUAUGAGGUAGCAGACAUAGCAACAAAGAGUGAUGAAAAAUGUAAUACAGUGAUGGGAUUCGUAAAUGAUUUGAAAUUGAAGCUUACAUCGAAUGAAGUGGUCUAUGAAAGUAAUCAACAUGAGACCAAUGUGAAUGAUGGCGCUACACAAGUUGACAAGCUUGAGGAUACUUCAAAUGAGGGUUGCAAAAUUCUUAGUCCAAGAGUUGUCCGAGGUAAAGGUCGUCCCCCAUCAAAACGGUUACAGUCAAAAGUUGAGAAGGUUAUUCAAAAAAGAAAAGCAAGGAAUAUACAAAUGAAGUCUAAUGAGAAAAAACUGGAAAAGGAUUUUGGGAGAACAAAAAGUUUAGGCGAUGCUUUUGAAGCAAAAGACAACAUUGUUCCUACGGACAAUCUAAAUUUGCAUGGAAAUGACAGAAGUAAUACAUUCCACCAAAGAUGGCACAACUAA